AUGCGCAACCGACGCGAGCUUGGCAUCAGCGGCACCGCCAUGAACGUUGGCGUCGUCAUCGGCGUCGGUGUCGUGGCAGAGAACGAGGAAUUGCAAAAGGUCAUGCUCCGCAUGGGCAUGGACAUGAUCAACGAGGAAGAGCUCCUGUACCAACUCGAGGAGGCCAUGCUUGCCGACAAAACCGUCGCUCCCAUGACCAUAUCAUACAGGAAGCUGAUGGAGGGAGCCGACAGCGUUACCUCUGAGCUUCUCGAUGCCGGUGCGAAGCCUGGGGACCGCAUCGGACUCCUCGCUCUGCCGGGCGUCGAGGCGGUGACGGGCCUGCUCGGAACACUCAUGACCGGGUCCUGCUAUGCCGCGCUCGACGCCGAAUUCGCGCACGAUCGUCUCUCGUUUAUGCUUACCGAUUCUGGAGCCAAUCCGCUCCUCGUUGGUCCCGGGCAAGAUGCGCGGGCCGCUGAGAUCCUGUCCAAGGUUGUUGUUGUUGCCCCCAAGGUCGUCAGGACAGACGACGCCACUGCGGCCGGCAGGACCGUUUCGCAGCCGCGCCCUCGACAUCCCAAUGACCCUAGAAGCACCGGCACCCCAAAGGGUGUCAUUCUAAAAGAGUCCAACACGCAGGCCAUGCUGAGCGCCUUGGACAAGGACUACGGCUUCUCCCACAACUACAAUUCCGUUGCGCACACAACGAUGUCCUUUGAUCUUUCUAUUGUCCAGAUUUUUGGCGGCCUCAGUGCCGCAACCGUCUCGAUUGCCUCCUUGGAGACGCGCAAGGAUCCAUCCGCCCUGGCCGAGUUCAUGAUGAAUGAGGGCGUCACUGUCACGUACUUUACCCCGACGCAGUUUGCACUUCUCAUGGAGUUCAACGAAGCGGUAGUCAAGAGGUGCGCCAAGUAUUGGGUCGCCUACUUCGCUGGCGAGCGGCUCCCGGUGCGCGUGGCCAAGGCCUUUUACGACCUGGGAACGCCCGCCACUUUCUACAACACUUGGUCUCCCUCGGAGCUAGUCGUUCAGACCUCCGUGGCCGAGAUCAGCCCGCCCGAAGAGGACGUCGUGAACCUGCCAAUUGGGCAUCCCAUGGACAACUGCCGUCACUAUCUCCUAGACGCAAAGGGAAACCCGGUGCCUUUUGGUCAGGUCGGUGAGCUCGUCGUUGGUGGCGUGCAGGUCGGCACCGGGUAUCUCAACCGUCCCGAGGUGAGCGCGCGGUCGUUCGUCGAGGACCCUUUUGCCUCGGAGGACGACCGCGAGCGAGGCUGGAACCGCAUAUUCAAGACGGGUGACCGCGGCCGCUUCCGAGCCGACGGCCAGCUCGAGUUUCACGGCCGCAUCGCAGGCGACAAGCAAAUCAAGCUGCGCGGGUUCCGCAUCGACCUCGGCGAGGUCGAGCAGCUCAUCUUCAAGGAGUCGCAGAAUCUCAAAAAGGCAGGGGCAUUGAUCGACAUCGCCGUCGUGGCUCGCACCGUCGACUUGGAUGAACAGCAGCUAGUGGCCUACCUGGUCCCUAAGAGCAACAUCACAGGUGAGGCGGAGAGGGGUGCUACCGUCUCGCCGGAGACGAGUCCACGAUGCGCAUCGUGGUCAGCAUGA